AGGCCAGCAGAGGAAGUGAGUUGUGAUGUUGCACAUUUGCGUCAGUGCUCCAUCUACCAAGCUGGUUACAUCCACACUAGGAGUGUAGCAGCAGGUCUGUUGAGUAAGACCUUAUUCAGGGUAAAUACUUCUGACCACCGUCUCCUGAUUGAGCCUCCCCCAGGUGGGGAGGUAGCAACCAAGUUUGAUGAUGGGAAGGCAGCGUGGAAAGCGCAAAGGAGGCAAUAAAGAACGAGUGUUUGGCUGUGACCUGCUGGAACACCUUCAGUCUUCGGGGCAGGACAUCCCUCAAGUGCUGAAAUCUUGCAGUGAGUUUGUUGAAAAACAUGGGAUUGUUGAUGGCAUAUACCGACUAUCAGGAGUCUCAUCUAACAUCCAGAAGCUGAGGUCUGAGUUUGACACUGAAAAUACUCCAGACCUCAACAAAGAUGUAUACCUGCAGGAUAUUCAUUGUGUAUCAUCAACAUGUAAAGCGUACUUCAGGGAGCUGCCCAAUCCUCUACUCACAUACCAGCUUUAUGAUAAGUUUGCAGAUGCAGUGGCAGUACAGCUAGAAGAAGAGCGACUAGUCAGAAUCACGGAGGUUCUUAAGGAGCUGCCACGGGGUCAUCAUAGGACUCUAGAGUUUUUAAUGCAACAUCUUGUUCGGAUGGCUUCUUUCUCAGCAGAAACGAACAUGCACUCCCGGAACCUAGCAAUUGUCUGGGCGCCUAACUUACUCAGGUCUAAAGACAUUGAGGCCACAGGUUUUAAUGGUACAGCAGCAUUCAUGGAAGUCCGCGUCCAGUCCAUAGUGGUGGAAUUCAUUUUGAUGCAUGUGGAUCAACUGUUUAAUGAUGCUGGCACAGAAAGUUAUUACAGAGAAAGAAGGAAGUCCUUGCCUUCUCCAACAAUUAACCCUGAGGAGCCUUUUUUCCGAUCCUUUCCAAUUCCUAGCCAAAUGAGUCCUGGAGAUGCACCUCCCCCAAUUAGACCUUAUCAUGCAAUCAUCGAGGUACCAGACACCAAGAGGAAAGGUUCCAUAAAAGCAAAAAAGUGGAAAUCAAUUUUUAACCUGGGUCGAUCAAGCAAUGAAACAAAAAGAAAAGGGAAGACCGAGGAGAAAGAGAAAGUUAACCUGCGUCCAGCCAAAAGUAUGGAUUCCCUCAGUUCUCAGCCUUAUGCUUCAGAUGGUGCACCACGCAGUCCGAGUCAAAUACCAAUGCGGCAUGACAGUUUUGGACGUACAGAACCAACAGUCAACACAAGCAGCCAGCUUUCUGCUCCUGGGGUGACACCUUCAUUCAUGGUAGAUCCCAGUACAACAUUGGGAAUGGGCUACGCUGUGACUUAUCGCAGAGGAGGUGGAGCAAGUGUCAGUGUGGUCAGUCCAGGAUCUGGUGUAAUGGAUACGGGACUCAACACCAGCAUGGGAAACUUGUCCAGUUUAAUGGGUGGACUCUCAAGUACAGAUUCAGUGGCAUCAAAGUCCCCUAAAAACCGUGGAAAUCGUGCAGAAAAGUGUGUUGGCAUGCACAUAACCGGACCGUUUUCAGUGACUGUACCCUUGCAUAUCACCUCAGGCCUUGCUCUUGGGGUUCUGCAUGGAGCAAACAAUGACUUGGAUGCUGACAAGCCAAAAUCUAAUGAAACUCACAAAACAUCUGAUGAGGUAUGCACAGAUGUUAAACUAAAUCAUAGUAACAAUGAUCUUCAAGAAAAACAGACAAAGGAUGAAGAAUCAGAAGAAGUUAAGAUGAUGGAAUGCAAAGAGAAGUCAUUUUUGUCUGAGAGUGAGAGUACAAUAAAAGAAGACCAAUUACAACAAGAGGACAAGACAGAAAGCCAUAAUGAAGAAAGUGAAGCAGGAGAGAGCAGUAGUAAUGGAGGGGUGGAGGAGGAGGAGGAAGAAGAAAACCCAGAUGUUGGAGAUGAGCCUGAAUAUAUGGAUAUGCGGGCUGAUGUUUUUAAACAAAAUACACCUGAAAAUCUGGACUUGCCUUUUGACCUCCAGGAAACAUUCGGCUUUCUAGAUGAAUCGGAUAUCUUGGAGCCCAGAAAUGGGAUGCAGUUUGAAGAAUUCUCUGUUGAACCACCUUGCUAUGAAGACGAGGAGUACUGCACUAGUUUCGGCAGUGAAAUGUAUGAACCAGCCUUUUGUUCUCUUCCCAUCCUUCCAAAACAAGGCAUGUGUGAUGAGGACAAAGUUGAAGAUGAAGAAUUCCAGAGCAUUCCAGGACAUUUAUAUCUUAACAUAAAUUAUCCACAAACAGAAAUAUUUCAACAAACAGAUGUGCAAAGUAAUGAGAGUGAAAAAUUAAUUCUCAUUUCAAAUGAAGCCGAUUCAGCAUCUCCAAAUGAUGAAGUCGAAGAAGUGAAAGAGACUGUGCUAUUGGGCAAUGAACAAUUGAAGGGACAGCUAAGUCAGUCAAGUGAAUAUGAACCAAUCACCCCCAUGAUGGAUGAAGGUUCAAUAGUGUUGGGAGAUGCAGAGCCCACUCAAGAAAUAACAAAAGACCUAGAAACUGCUAAUGAAAGACCGGUGAUAGAUGAUCCACCACGCAAUUUAUCAGAAGCAUGUGACCAAAUAAAUGGACUCCUACUGGAAGCUGAACUUAUGUUGAAAGCUAACAGACAUGCUGACAGAAAAUCACAUCCAACAGGUGACAGCCUCAGCUCUAACAACAACUCUGACAUGCCUCAAAGUCUCAUUGUAAUCCCGACAGAAAUUAAUUUUGAAAAACAAGAUGAUGUCCCUGAUAUUUUCAAGCAACAACUGCAAAACACAAGGCUGGAACAACACAUACAUGUUCAGGAUGUCCAAUUUGAUAAUGACUCUGCUGGAUGGUCACAUGAUCCACUUCAGUUUGUGGAUGUUGAACAUAAUCUGAUCACACAGCAGUGCCCAGAGUUGCAUCUCUGCUGUCUCAGUCCUGUAGUGUCUGAGAUACCUGAAGUUGAAAAGACCAUAGAUGUUUUGGUAGAUACUGAGGGGGACUGCCAUUCUUCACCUGUUGUGAUGGACAUUCAGAGUGAACCACCAUCAGCUGAAUAUAAAAUAAUGCUGAGGGAUAUAGAAGAUCCUCCACUGACCGAGGUUAACAGUGAUGGUAGGAGCAAUUAUGAAUUUGAUACAUUUGAUGGAAUUGCUAUAAAGAGUGCUGUAGAUGGUGAGAAUGAAACUGCAAAAUCUACAGAGUCCAUGGUAAAUCCCAGAGCAAGUCUAAACAGACAAUAUUCUGUUAUUCUGAGUGAUACUGGUGAUCAGGAAGAUAAGGAAGCCAAAACCAAACAUUUAGAGCAAGAACUCACUGCACAUUCUGCAGAAAACAAUGAAGAUAUUCUAAAACCUGAGGACAGUACUAAAGACAAAAUCAGACAGGAGUUCAUAAAUGUCGAGGAGAUGCCACAAGGACUGAGUGGGACACAAGUUAAUAAACAGAUGGAUGACCUGGCACUGUUGCAAGCUGGUGGCGCCCCUAUGCAGUUAGUGUCUAUCUCAAGCAGCAUGCAGCCAAAAUUGUACCAAGUGAAAUCAGUGCCUGUUGUGCCUCCCAAACCGCAGUUUUCCAAGUUGCCUCCUGCACUGCAGCUGAAACACCAAAAGAAUGAAAUGAACUUUCAAAGAAGAGGAAGUGAGUGUGAAGGUGAAAUUGACAGUGAUGGAGAAGGGAAAGUCACACAGAACCGGGGUAGUUUGGAGUCUAUUUUGGAAAGUACAGACCAUGCUUUUGAAGGAGGGGUAAAGAGAAGUUCCCGUAAUGCGGGUGCUCCCCUAGUGACGAGUCUAUCCUUUGAUGAGGCAGUAGCAAGAGCCCGAGAUCGUCACCCAAAUUUCAAUAACAAGAGCCCAGUCAGGAGGAUCCACACGUAUACAGAUCAAAGUCAUAACCUAAUGACAUUUACUGUGACACCUAGGACACCCAGCCACGCUCUUUGUGAUAUCAGCAUCCAUUCCCCAAAUAGUGAGAAUGCUGCCAAACGCCUUAGCCUUCCACGGUUAGGACCAAGGAACAAUCUGUCAGAGUAUGAAGACAUGCACAAAGAACAUCAGCGAAGAUCUUUAAUGGAGACUGUGAGAUAUAAAGAUAAAGAAUAAAGUUGGGAAAGUGAAGGUAGUUGUAGAAGCAUCUUUAAAUGUCGGAAGGUAAUGCUGCUUCUGCAAUCAUGUGCAUGUCUUGACUGGCCUUUCCUUCAUAGCGCAAGUGGCAGAUGGCAAAGCAAGGGACACUCACAUGAAACUAAGCAAACAAUUUGGCUAGAACAUCCUUAGAUUAAGAAAAUGAAAAGAUUUCAUUUUUUAUGUGUGUUAUCCUUAAAAUAUGUUAUUGUGGAUAUUGUGGUUGAAUACUUGUUACCAACCACCAUAUAUAAAAAAGAAUAAAUUUGUUGGCGUGUACUGAGGACAUGCAAAUAACUGUGUACAGAUUUUUGUUACAUUAAUUUUCUUCUUUAAUGUUUUUUGUUUGAAAGAACUAUUAAUGACAGUACCCUUUGGUGAUAGGUUGGAGUAUCCUCUAGAACAGGUAUCUUCAUUACUUAUCAUUGCAACAUAAAGUUAUUCCUGUGAUGAAUAAAUGACUAUUCAUUAUACAUCUUUGUCUUGCUGUACAUCUGUACUUUCUAAAUGAAUAAACAGUGCUCUUGACAGA